AUGGUGGAUGGAGUUUGCGUCCGCGUCGGAUCCACGAUCAAGUAUUUGGGUCUGACGUUGGACGGCCGAUGGAAUUUCGGGGCCCACUUUAAGGCCUUGGCCCCUCGGGUCAGGAAGGCUGGCUUAGCGUUAGCCAGUCUUACGAAGACCCAGGGGGGCUCUAGGUGGCACGCCCACCGCCUAUACGUCGGUAUGGUGCUCUCGACUGCCCUCCACGGGGCGCCCAUAUGGGCGCCCCGAUUAAUGGCCUCCGGCCGCUGCAAGGCGCUUUUGCGUCAGACAAUGCGGCCAGUAGUUGUGAGGACGGUUCGGGGGACAAAGGAGCUCCGCGUGGCGGGGAAGGAACUAUCGGCCAGGGAUUUGGGGGCCCUGAAAUCGCAGGCCGAAACCCGAGUCCUCGAAAGGUGGUCGGAAAUGUUGUCCGACCCCAGGGGAUUCGAGCUUCGAACGGCCGAGGCCGUCCGCCCCUGCCUGCCAGAAAUGAUGGGCAGGAUGGGACGCGGGCUUACCUUCCACAUGGUGCAGGUGCUGACCGAGCACGAGUGCUUUGGUCGGUACCUGCACUGGAUUGGAAGGGAGCCCACUGCGGGAUGCCACCACUGUCAGGCGCUUGAGGACACGGUACAACACAUCUUGGCAGAAUGUCAGGCGUGGGCUGAUCAGCGUCGUGUCCUCACUUGA